AGGAACCAACCAAACCAAACCCCUCCCUCUUCUUUCCUAUUUGUGAAAACCCAAAACCCUAGAAAUUUACAAUCUUGCUCCAGCUGCACGCACGCUCGCUCACACACAAAGGAAGAGAAACUUGAAGGAAGUAGGCAAUGGACUUCGACGAGUACGAGUACUUGGAGAAGACAGUGGAGGAGCAACAGGAAGAUAGAGAUUCCUCUAAGAAGAAAAAGGACACCAACGACAAGAGCGAUAGGAGUUACAGGAAGCACGUCGACGACGAUCUGGACACCGAUGACCGGAGGAGCAAGAGGUCGAGGGGAGACGACGAGAAUGGCUCCAAAAAGGAUCGCGACAGAGACCGAGAACGAGAACGUUCCUCCGGCCGCCACAGGGAGAAGGACGGGGAGAGGAACAAAGAGAGGGAUAAGGAUAGAGAGAGGAGAGACAGGGAUAAAGAUAGGGAGAGGAGAGAUAGGGAUAAGGAUAGGGAAAAGGAACGCGAGAGAAGAGAGAGGGAGAGAGAGAAAGAAAAGGAUGAGAAAGAGAAAGAGAGAUCCAGGAGAAGCAUGAGCCGUUCCGAGAGAGAUAGAGACAGAGAGCGAGAUUUCGAAAUGCGAGAUGGCCGGAGAUUUCGGGAUAAGAAAGAGGCUGUGGAACCUGAGGCAGACCCAGAAAGGGAUCAGAGAACUGUUUUUGCUUACCAGAUGCCUCUAAAAGCAACGGAGAGAGAUGUAUAUGAGUUCUUCUCAAAAGCUGGCAAGGUGAGAGAUGUUCGUCUGAUCAUGGAUAGGAACUCAAGACGAUCAAAAGGAGUUGGGUAUAUUGAAUUUUAUGAUGCAAUGUCAGUGCCAAUGGCAAUUGCUCUCUCUGGCCAACUUCUUCUUGGGCAACCUGUAAUGGUCAAACCUUCUGAGGCUGAAAAGAACCUUGUACAGUCUAAUGCUUCCAGUGGAGCUGCAGGUGUAGCAGGACCUUAUGGGGCUGUGGACAGAAAAUUGUAUGUGGGGAAUCUUCACUUCAACAUGACUGAGAGUCAGCUGCGAGAGAUUUUUGAGCCAUUUGGUCCGGUUGAGGUUGUGCAACUGCCUCUUGACUUGGAGACAGGACACUGCAAGGGUUUUGGGUUUGUUCAAUUUGCCCAUCUUGAGCAUGCCAAGGCAGCUCAGAGUUUAAAUGGAAAAUUGGAGAUUGCUGGCAGGACCAUCAAGGUUUCGUCUGUAACAGAUCAUGUUGGAAACCAAGAUACAACUGCAAAAUCUGCAGACUUUGAUGACGAUGAAGGUGGAUUGACUUUAAAUGCCCAUUCAAGAGCAUUGCUAAUGCAUAGGCUGGCUGGCUCUGACAUUUCUGCAAGCAUGGGUUUGCCCAUUGUGAAUGGGUCAGUUCCUGCACAGCAGGCUAUUAGCUUGCCUAUUGGUAAUCCAGGUAUUAUACCUGCACCAGUUCUACCAACACAAGUUAUGCCUACCCCAGUGGUAGAACCUGUAGGAAGCCCCAGCGAGUGUUUACUUUUGAAGAACAUGUUUGAUCCAAGCACCGAGACGGAACCAGAUUUUGAUAUGGACAUCAAAGAGGAUGUAGAGGAAGAGUGUUCUAAGUAUGGCCGGGUGAAGCAUAUUCAUGUCGACAAAAGAAGUGCAGGUUUUGUGUAUUUGCGGUUUGAAACAGUGGAAGCAUCAAGUGCUGCUCAACGUGCAAUGCACAUGAGAUGGUUUGCACGCAGGUUAAUUUCGGCUGUCUUCAUGCAACCGCAGAUGUAUGAAGCCAAGUUUAAAGGGGAAACUUGAAGAAGUGCGUUCAGGCCUCAAGGCUCGUAAAGAUACAAUCUGCAUAAUUUUGUGGUCUUAGUCUUCUCAAAUUAAGAUCUAGUUUAUAGAUUUUUGUUCAUGAAUUGAAUUAGAUGUAUGGUUACAUAAAUUGUAAUGUCUGGAUGGUGAUUUACGAUCAGUUUACCAUUGCGCAUCUGUGUAUUUCAACAACCGUGCCAUGCCAUUUCAUCGUGUUUAUGUGUAAUGUAGGAUAUCCUCUAUAUUAACAUUUUGUUUUAAAGUUUUUAGUCUUUUGAAUAUUCAUUUAUUUCACCACGAAA